AUGACCUCGUCGAGAAUUGAGUUUCUAGCGACCACCAUCGCCGAAUCGGCCCAGGAGCUGCGCACUCUGCUGGCUCAACAUGAUCUCAAGGAGCCUUCCUUCGCUGCCGACUGCCCUCCAUCGAUGGACCUACCUCCAGCGGUAGACGAAGCACGAAACACUUUACUACAUGCAGCAUGUGAGAUCCAGGACCUUCUCCUCGAUCCGGCAGAUCUCCUGCGAUCAUAUGCCACGCAUGCCCACCUAGUCUCGCUACACUUCAUCCAACAGUUCAAUAUCGCUCAGCUCGUGCCCACUGGCGGCGAGGCCAUCACCUUCGCGGCCCUUGCCGAACAAUGUGGGCUACCCGAGGCGGACAUACGUCGUCUCCUCCGCCAUGCAAUGUCAAUCCGAGUAUUCGACGAACCUCGCGACAACGAAGUGGUCCACACUCGGGCCAGCAUGCUUCUCCGCCAAGAAGGUAUCCAUGGUUAUAUUGGAUCAACCUGCGAGAAUAGCUGGGUUGCUGCAACUAGAGCAGUCGAAUCGUUGAAACGCUUUCCGGGCUCUUCAGAUCCUUCUCAAUCAGGCUUCGCCCUCGCCAACAACAACCUCACCCUCUACGAAGCCCUUGCACAGUCUCCCGAAAGAGCCGCCACUUUCGCUGCCAACAAACGUGGCUACACCUCUGGCCCCGCCUUCCACCCCGCCGCGUUCCUCGAAGCCUACCGCCCUAUCUUCACAACCCUUUCCCCGGGUUCUCUAUUCGUUGAUGUUGGCGGCGCCCACGGUGACAUCGCCCUCGCCGCCGCAGCAUGCUACCCACAUCUCCAUUAUGUUGUCCAGGACCUCCCCGAGGUCAUUGCGACAGCACCGCGCGAUUAUUCGCCGGACGGAAGGGUUGAAUUCUCCGCGCACGACUUCUUCACCCCGCAGCCACUCCGCAAUGUCGCCGUGUUUUAUCUAAGGCAUAUAUUGCAUAACUGUGGCGAUGCGCGCGCGAUCAACAUUCUAAGGGCUUUGGUCCCCGGGAUGCGCCGGGGGACGCGAUUGCUGCUUAACGAGCACGUGCUUGAUCCCCAGAAGCAGCCGAUGUGGAAGAGGAGGCAGGAUAGUUCGAUGGAUAUGAAUAUGCUGGUGUUGUUCAAUGCGCGGGAGAGGGACGAGGCAGAGUGGCGGGCGUUGCUGCAGAGCGCGGAUGCACGCUUUGCGUGGGUUGGGGUGCGAAGGCCGGCCGGGAGUGCUUUAGCUAUUGUGGAGUCCUGCUGGGAGGGAGAUUCCAAUGAUGUCAAGCAAGGGUGUGUGGACUGUAGCCGAACUGGACGGACCGUAACACCCUAA